AGCCAGGCCAGACCACCGGCCUCCAGCUGGGGCCAGAGCCAGGGUUCAGAGGUGCGGCCCCCCACGCCCCUUCGGGGUGCGGGGCGCGGCCUCAGCGUCCCGGGGACCCAGGAAUGCCCCCCCGCCAGCCGGCCCGGCGGCCGGGGGGAGGGCCCAGCCGGGAGUUUGGCAAACUCCUCCCCGCGUUGAGUCAUUCGCCUCUGGGAGGUUUAGGAAGCGGCUCCGGGUCGGUGGCCCCAGGACAGGGAAGAGCGGGCACUAUGGGGAGCUGGACGCCACGGUCGCCUCGAUCUCCUCUCCACGCGGUGCUGCUGCGCUGGGGGCCCCGACGCCUACCGCCGCUGCUGCCUCUGCUGCUGCUACUGUGGCCGCCACCACUCCAGGUUGGGGGCUUCAACCUAGACGCGGAGGCCCCGGCGGUGCUCUCCGGGCCCCCCGGCUCCCUUUUUGGCUUCUCCGUGGAGUUUUACCGGCCGGGAAGGGACGGAGUCAGUGUGCUGGUUGGGGCACCCAAGGCUAACACUAGCCAGCCAGGUGUACUGCAAGGUGGUGCUGUCUAUGUGUGUCCCUGGGGCACCAGUCCUAUCCAGUGCACCACCAUUCAAUUUGACAGCAAAGGCUCCCGGAUUCUGGAGUCCUCACUGUACAGUGCCAAGGGAGAGGAGCCUGUGGAGUACAAGUCCUUGCAAUGGUUCGGAGCAACAGUUCGGGCCCACGGCUCCUCCAUCUUGGCAUGUGCUCCACUGUAUAGCUGGCGCACAGAAAAGGACCCACAGAAUGACCCAGUGGGCACCUGCUACCUCUCCACAGAAAACUUCACCCGGAUUCUGGAGUAUGCACCUUGCCGCUCAGAUUUUGGCAGUGCAGCAGGGCAGGGUUACUGCCAAGGGGGCUUCAGUGCUGAGUUCACCAAGACUGGCCGUGUGGUCCUGGGUGGACCUGGAAGCUACUUCUGGCAAGGUCAGAUCCUGUCUGCCACUCAAGAGCAGAUCUCGGAGUCCUAUUACCCAGAGUACCUCAUCAACCCUGUUCAGGGGCAGCUGCAGACCCGCCAGGCCAGCUCCGUCUAUGAUGACAGCUACUUGGGAUACUCUGUGGCUGUGGGUGAAUUCAGUGGUGAUGACACAGAAGACUUUGUUGCUGGCGUGCCCAAGGGGAACCUCACCUAUGGCUAUGUCACCGUCCUUAAUGGCUCAGACAUCCACUCCCUCUACAACGUCUCAGGAGAACAGAUGGCCUCCUACUUCGGCUAUGCCGUGGCUGCCACUGAUACCAACGGAGAUGGGCUAGAUGACCUACUGGUAGGGGCACCCCUGCUCAUGGAGCGGACAGCUGAUGGGAGACCUCAGGAGGUGGGCAGGGUCUACAUCUACCUGCAGCGCCCAGCGGGCAUAGAUCCCACACCCACCCUCACCCUCACUGGGCAAGAUGAGUUCAGCCGAUUCGGCAGUUCCUUGACACCCUUGGGGGACCUGGACCAAGACGGCUACAAUGAUGUCGCCAUUGGGGCUCCAUUUGGUGGGGAGGCCCAGCAGGGAGUCGUAUUUAUAUUCCCGGGAGGCCCAGGAGGACUGAGCACUAAACCUUCCCAGGUUUUGCAGCCUCUGUGGGCAGCUGGUCGUACCCCAGACUUCUUUGGCUCUGCCCUUCGAGGAGGACGAGAUCUGGAUGGCAAUGGAUACCCUGAUCUAAUCGUUGGAUCCUUUGGUGUGGACAAGGCUCUGGUGUACAGGGGGCGGCCCAUCAUAUCUGCCAGCGCAUCUCUCACCAUCUUCCCCUCCAUGUUCAACCCAGAGGAGCGCAGCUGCAGCCUGGAAGGGAACCCUGUGUCCUGCAUCAACCUUAGCUUCUGCCUCAAUGCCUCUGGAAAACAUGUCCCCAACUCUAUAGGCUUCGAGGUGGAACUCCAACUGGACUGGCAGAAGCAGAAGGGAGGGGUCCGGCGAGCACUGUUCCUGACUUCCAAGCAGGCCACCCUUACCCAGACCCUGCUUAUCCAGAAUGGGGCUCGAGAGGACUGCAGGGAGAUGAAGAUCUACCUCAGGAAUGAAUCAGAAUUCAGAGACAAACUCUCCCCAAUUCACAUUGCCCUCAACUUCUCCUUGGACCCCAAAGCUCCCAUGGACAGCCAUGGCCUCCGGCCAGUUCUACACUACCAAAGCAAGAGCAGGAUAGAGGACAAGGCCCAGAUCUUGCUGGACUGUGGUGAAGACAAUAUCUGUGUGCCUGACCUGCAGCUGGAUGUGUAUGGGGAGAAGAAACAUGUGUACCUGGGUGACAAGAACGCACUGAACCUGACAUUCCAUGCCCAAAAUCUGGGCGAGGGCGGUGCCUAUGAAGCCGAGCUUCGGGUCACCGCCCCUCUAGAGGCUGAGUACUCAGGACUUGUCAGACACCCAGGGAACUUCUCCAGCCUGAGCUGUGACUACUUUGCUGUGAACCAGAGCCGCCAGCUGGUGUGUGACCUGGGCAACCCCAUGAAGGCAGGCACCAGUCUCUGGGGUGGCCUUCGGUUCACUGUUCCUCAUCUUCAAGACACAAAGAAAACCAUCCAGUUUGACUUUCAGAUCCUCAGCAAGAACCUGAACAACUCGCAAAGCAACGUGGUCUCCUUCCCACUCUCGGUGGAGGCUCAAGCCCAGGUCUCCCUUAAUGGUGUCUCCAAGCCUGAAGCUGUGAUUUUCCCAGUCAGCGACUGGAAUCCUCAAGACCAGCCUCAGAAGGAGGAAGACUUGGGCCCAGCUGUCCACCAUGUCUAUGAGCUCAUCAACCAGGGGCCCAGCUCCAUCAGCCAGGGUGUGCUGGAGCUCAGCUGUCCACAGGCUCUGGAAGGCCAACAACUCCUCUAUGUGACCAAGGUGACAGGACUCAGCAACUGCACCUCCAACUACACCCCCAACUCACAGGGCCUGGAGUUGGAUCCAGAGACCUCUCCACACCACCUGCAGAAACGAGAGGCUCCAGGGAGGAGUUCUACCGCCUCAGGAACACAAGUUCUGAAAUGCCCUGAAGCCAAGUGUUUCAGGCUGCGCUGUGAGUUUGGGCCACUGCACCGCCAAGAGAGCCGUAGUCUGCAGCUGCAUUUCCGAGUCUGGGCCAAGACCUUCUUGCAGCGGGAAUACCAGCCAUUUAGCCUUCAGUGUGAGGCUGUAUAUGAAGCUCUGAAGAUGCCCUACCAGAUCCUGCCUCGGCAGCUUCCCCAAAAGAAACUUCAGGUGGCCACAGCCGUGCAGUGGACCAAGGCAGAAGGCAGCAAUGGUGUCCCGUUGUGGAUCAUCAUCCUAGCCAUUCUUUUUGGCCUCCUGCUCCUAGGUCUGCUCAUCUACGUCCUCUACAAGCUCGGCUUCUUCAAACGUUCCCUCCCCUACGGCACAGCCAUGGAAAAAGCUCAGCUCAAGCCUCCAGCCACCUCAGAUGCCUGAGCCCUCCUGAUCUCAGACUCCUGAUCCCGAAGAGCCAGUCCACUACCUUCCGACAGGGAGGGACUAGGCACUUCCUGAAGGUGCUGAGGGCUGGGGAGAAGCUCUUCUUCCUAGCCCAGAGACAUACUUGAAGGGCCAGAGCUGGGGGGCAAGAAGCUUGUGGAUCCUUCCCCCCAUGCACUGUGAAGGACCCUCGUUUACACAUGCCCUCUCGUGGAUGGGGGCCUCAGGUCCAGGAACAGAAGCUCCAGCCUUCCUUCAGCCUUUGCAUUUUGGAGACUUUUCUGAAAUCAACUUGGAGCCAUAAUUAGGGAAUCCAGUUGUGGUUCUCUGGGCCGGGCAUGCCAACAGGACUUCCCAUCUGACUCCGGCCUGCAAAGAUGCAUCUUUGGUCUUGCCAGAGAACCAAAGGAAGCCUGCAGCUAAGAGCCUGAGACUUGGGGAGUGAGACCUGGCAACUCUAACAGCCCCCAUCCUGGAAGGCCAAUGAAGAACACUAACCGUGGAUGGUGCUGCAGGACCAGCUCAGGACAAAUCCCAAACAAAGGUCGAUGCUGGCCCAGACCCAGAUCCACGGAAGUCAGAAAGAGAAUGGAGCCAGACCCAGUCUGGGGCCUGGGGUUGAUCUGGAGCCCAGUCUCGGAUUCUAAGAACCUAUGCUAGCAGACCCAGGAUGGCAUUUGGGUCAGCUGCAGACCUGGGCUUAAGAAACCUAUUUAUCCCUGACUUAGGACAAGUCAGGAAUUGCCCAAGACCCUAACCAGGCCACAUUGGCAAACAGACCUGGAACCUCAGCCUGGCCAGACAGGCUCACUCAUUCCCCAGAGAGAACGGGAAGCCCCAGGCCUGUAUGACCUGGGUUCUGCCCACCAGCUGCACUGACGCUGCCCCUCUCUCCCUAGCCAACCCUCCCCUCUCCUCCAGAACCCACCCCAACUUAUUUAAACUCUGUUGCAAGUGCAAUAAACCCCACCCACUGCCCCCACUGACCAAA